AUGGCCACAGCAGCCAAAAGCUUCACCAACAACAAGAGGCAGUUGGACAGAGCCACGCUCACGAUCAAGAAUGGACCUAUCUUCAGCGGGUACUCGUUUGGCGCCAACAAGAAUGUCAGCGGAGAAGCCGUUUUCACUACGUCGUUAGUGGGGUACCCCGAGAGUAUGACGGACCCUUCGUACAAAGGCCAGAUUUUGUGUUUCACCCAGCCCUUGAUUGGCAACUACGGUGUUCCUUCGUCGACGGAGAGAGACGAGUUUGGGCUCUUGAAGUACAUGGAGAGCCCCAAGAUCCAGUGUGCCGGUAUAGUUGUUGGAGACGUUGCGUUGGAGUACAGCCACUGGACAGCCGUGGAGAGUUUGCAGCAAUGGUGCACCAGGAACGGGAUUGCAGCCAUCACAGGUGUCGACACGAGGGAGUUGGUUUCCUAUUUGCGUGACAAGGGCUCCAGUUUGGGCAAGAUCACCAUUGGCGAAGAAUAUGACGCUGACGAAGACGCCGCGUUUGAAGACCCCAGUACGAUCAACUUGGUGCUGAAAGUUAGCACCAAGGCGCCAUUCCACAUUGCUUGCCCUAAAGAAUACUCAAAGGACAUCCACGUUGCCGUGAUUGACUGUGGUGUGAAGGAGAACAUCUUGCGUUGUUUGGCCAAGAGGGGCGCCCAUCUUACCGUGUUUCCUUGGAACUACGACUUGCUGAAGGACGCCAAUGCAAAUGCCACCACGACCGACGACGGAAACAGUGCUGCUUUUGCAACACCAAACACCGACGAGACGAAAGACUGCAUUGCAAGCAAGUUCGACGCCGUGUUUGUCACCAAUGGUCCCGGAGACCCUUCCUUCUGCACAGACACCAUCAACAACCUCCGCAAAAUCAUGCAGACCUCCGAUAUCCCCAUCAUGGGCAUAUGCAUGGGCCACCAGUUGAUCAGUUUGGCCUCUGGUGCCGACGUGACCACCUCCAAGAUGAAGUUUGGCAACCGUUCCGCCAACGUGCCCACCCUUGACUUGGUCGAAGGCAGAUGCUCAAUCACAAGCCAGAACCACGGGUACGCCGUUGACGCCCCCACGCUUGGACCCGAUUGGGAGCAGUUCUUUGUCAACUUGAACGACUUGAGCAACGAAGGUAUCAUCCACAAAACCAAGCCGAUCUUCUCGGUCCAGUUCCACCCUGAGGCCAAGGGAGGCCCCGAGGACACGGCGUACUUGUUUGACAAGUUCUUUGACAACAUUGCCCAAUACAAAGCCAUGAGGAGUUUGGACGCACCCAACAAGAGCGAAAACAUAUUGGCUGCUGUCUUGCCCAAUAGAAGAGUCGAGUAA